GCGGCUAACCACCGGAACCGUAUAAAGGCGCUCAAGCACGCUCCUACCCAUACCUUAAACCUCGAGGUGAACCGUAAAGGUCGGAGACAUGUCUUCAAGAAGGACGACGCGGCCCAGCGUUCCGCUGGGCCAGUGGGUCUUGCUUUGCUGUCUUGCGGCGUCCGCUGCGGCCAUCGAUCCCGACCUGGUGGGCGACUUCUGCGCCGCGCGUAGAGACCCCUGCUGUCGAGGCCGCAUGGACGACUGCUCGGUUCCCAUCUUGGGGACCCUCUGCUAUUGCGACGUCUUCUGCGAGCGGCCGGGCAACGGAGACUGCUGCCCCGACUACCCGAGGGUUUGCAAGGGCAUCAUUGAGCCACCCCCAGCGCUAGUCAAACUGACUUGCGUCGUCGACGGUGUCCAGUACUACGAGGGCCAGACGGUCAACGUGGACUGCAACAGAUGCACCUGCCAGAAAGUGAGCGAACGCGAGGCCCGGCUUCAGUGCGAGAACCGUGUCAUCAACAGGCCGGAGCUCAUUAGGCAGAUCAAUGAAGGUAACUUCGGGUGGCAGGCGACCAACUACUCCUUCUUCCAGGGAAAGCUUUUGGAUGAAGGCAUCCGCUACAGGCUCGGCACACACCAGCCGGAGAGACCGACUGCCGAGAUGAGUGAGUUGCACUUGAAGAAGCGAGAGCAGCUGCCGGAGGAGUUCGACGCCCGCAUCCGCUGGUCGGGACUGGUGCACGGUGUGCGCGACCGGGACUGCGCAUCCUCUUGGGCCUUCUCGACGGCAGCUGUGGCUUCGGACCGGCUCUCGAUCCAGUCUCGUGGCGUGGACAAGGUGGAAGUGUCGCCGCAGGACCUGAUGUCCUGCCUCACCGGAGGACGCCGAGUGGUCUGCCAGGGUGGACACCCCGACCGCGGCUGGAGGUUCCUCGUCAACUACGGUGGAGUUUCCGAGGAGUGCUACCCGUACGAAGGUGCGCACAACAACGCGAGCAGCAGCUGCCGCAUUCCCCGGAGGCGCAACCCGAUUGAAGACGCGGAAUGCCCCACGAGGAGGACUGAGCAGAAGCACUUCUCGACUCCGCCGUACAGGGUGCCCGCUAACGAGGAGGACAUUAUGCAAGAGAUCUACGCCAACGGUCCUGUCCAAGCACUGAUGCUGGUGAAGGAGGACUUAUUCGUGUACCGCUCGGGCGUCUACAGGCAUACGCGCAUCUCGGAGUCCCUGCCUCCCGAGUUCCGCAGGAGCGGCUGGCAUUCGGUCCGCAUUCUCGGAUGGGGCGUCGACAGGUCUCAGUACCGGCCGAUCAAGUACUGGCUCUGCGCCAACUCGUGGGGUCACGGCUGGGGCGAGAACGGCUACUUCCGCAUCGUGCGAGGCGAAGACGAAAGCCAGAUCGAGUCGUUCGUGCUCGCCGUGUGGGGCCGAAGUUACGCCUCCUACUACCGCCAGCAGGCGGCGCAGCAGCGGGAACGCGAGUACGACGGGUAUCCCGAAAGCUACCCUGGCUACCCGCCCAAUGACCUCAGCUAAAGCGCACCACCCACCAGUCUUACCUUCGCGACGAGUGCGCGCAUUUACGUGCCUCAGAUUCCCGAUAUAAGACGGCCGGAGCGCAUAUGUACAUCGAAACUAUACUCGGUUACAA